UUGAUGGGGAUGACACUUGGUGGCAUCAGAUACAGUUAAAGCUACUUUUGUGGUAUUCGUGAACUUGGAUUAUAGUUAACCCGGCAAAAGCUAAAAACAACGAUUGACAGCUUCGUAACUAAACAUCUUUAAGCUCCAUUCGAUCAAUCGAUUUGAUUUCUGGACUGUGGAUGCCACAUAACAAUGUAAAAGAUAUCCAUGUCUUUUUAUUAUUUGCAAUCAAUCAGUUUGAGAAAUUCACUUUUACAUUGUACAUUACUGCUUUAAAUCAUGGAUCCGAGGAAGCGAGAAAUUAUUCAUAAGUAUAAACCAGUUUUAUCCCAAAUAGUUUCUUGUGACAAACUUAUCUGGUUGGUUAAAAAAUACAAAAUUUUUACAAAAGCUAUGUUUGAUGACAUUUUUGGUCCCUACGCUGAUAGAAAUUUUUGUGAUGAACUCUGCACUCGUGGGCCAAAUGCCUUCUUGGAUUUUAUAAAAGUGCUUAACGAUGCUAAAUGUAACGAAAUAGCAGAUGUUCUUCAAAAUGAAUCAGAUAAUGAAAUAUAUCCUAUUUAUUACAAAAUGGAUUCCAAGCCUCUUGGUUAUUGUUUAAUUAUUAUAAAUAAAAAAUUUGAAGUAGAAGAUGAUAGAUUAGGCUGUGAAGUUGAUGCUUCUGCAUUGGAGAAUCUUUUUAAAGAACUUAAUUAUGAUGUUCAAAUCGAGUGGGACAAAGAAGGAGAGGAAAUUAUAUAUCUUUUGAGGGAAUUCUCAAGAAAGUCAGAAUUUAGAAAUGUUGAUUCUUGUAUAGUUUACAUACUCUCUCACGGAGGUCAGGAUGAAAAUCUUGAUUAUAUUUUAGGUACUGAUAGUAUGAAAGUUUAUAAAAGAGAUAUUUGUAACAUGUUUGACAAUAAAAACUGUGAAUUGUUAAUUAAUAAGCCAAAAAUAUUUUUCUUCCAAGCUUGUCGAGGAAAGCUUCUGGAUUAUGGAGUAAUUGAGAAUUCUAAAGAAACAGAUGUUAUUGAUAAUACAUGUAAAAACAUAGAAAAGCAAAAUUCUACAGAUGAAAAAGGUAUUCCAAAUCCAAAAUUUAAUAAAGAUAAAAAAGUGAAAUCAAAGUACCCUCUUUCUUCAGAUAUGUUUGUAGUCCAUUCCAGCCUUCCUGAUCAUCAAUCUUGGAAAAAUCAUGUUAAAGGCAGUUGGCUUUGUCAAGAUUUAGUAUCUGUAAUUUCAGAAUAUUAUACUAAAUAUGAUUUGGCAACAAUGAUGACUUUUGUUAAUAGUAAACAAGUGACUCGAGAAUCUGAAGAUGGUUGCAAACAAAUUGCUUUUGUUGAAAUGAACACAACAGGUUUAAUACAUUUUAACAGAAGUAAAAAAGAAGUAUGUCUUUAAGAAAAAAUCUUACUAAAACUACUGUUUAUAGUUUUUCCAUAAUCAGACUUUUUUUAUUUCAGAUUUUAUAUAAUAUGCAUUCUCUUCCUAAUCUCUAGUCAAAUUGAAAAGGUAAUAUGUAUCUUAUUACUACUAAUUUCAAAUCACUAAUUUAAAAUAAUCAGAAGGUUGUCUCAGACUUUUCAUGGUAAUACUCGCAGAGAAAAGUAAACAAAAAAGUGCAAUUUUGAACUAUAAUUUUGUUGAUUUGAUCAAAAAUUAUCUACAUAAAUGUUUUUUUACUGUUUAUCAUUUUUUAUUGAUUUAUUUAUUUAAAGAAAGGCUAAUCAGACCCAUUUAUUUUUCAUUUUUGUUCAAUUAUUUUGUUUACUUUGAUAUUAAAGAUUGAAGUUGACUAUCAUAAACAGACAACAACGAAAAUUAAUUUUUAUUUAAUUUUAUUAUAUUCCACUUAUACCCUUAACUUUAAAACAUUUAUGUAUGUGUGUUUUCUUUCAGAAUUUAUUCUGAGCCAGAAUUUUGACUUGAAACAUGUUGAAUGUUGUGAUACAUGAUUGUGCAUUGUUUAUUUUUUUAAAUAUACAAUUUUUCUAAAUAUUAUAUAAAAAGAAUAUGAAUGCCACAUUCCAGUUUUUAAAUAUAAGUUUAUAAAUUAAUUAACAUUCUUAU